AUGGAUGGAACAGAUACAACAAAGGAUACUCAGAAACCCCGGGAACUCAGACGCAAGGCGCAACUACGCGACGCCCAGAGACGGCUGAGGCAACGCAAAGCGGAAGAGCUCAAGGAUGCAAACAGCGAGAUUGAAACUCUUCGUAAACAACUCGCAGAAGCCAAAGAAGUCAUCGCGCGUCUGGGUACCCAGACAAGGACUCCGAUGAGCAAUGAGAUGGUCACCCCAAACCCAGCAUCUCACCAGCCCACUGAGGACUACCAACACGAAUUUGAACCUGCACACAAUAUGGAUCCUGAAGUCAACCUUGAAGGGUUUAUGGUUGACGAUACUACUCUUGGGAACCUUUGGUCCCCUGUGUCUCCAUCGACACUUGACAGCUUCUUUCCUGGACCAUCGAACGAUCUAUUAUCCUUAGGUAUGGCUGAUACCCUUCACUUCCCACAACCUAGCACCAUCUCAACUCGCUCCUCCCCUACAGAACUUAUAUCACAGUCUUCAGAUCUAGAAACCGCGCAAAUCUGGCCGCUCGGGUAUACUGCUGUCCUUGACGACCAUGUGCCUUACAUGCCAUUAUCAGCUCAUACAGACACACCUUCAAGUCCCCCAGCUCAGCUUGUUCGACAACUUGAUUCGAUUCCAUAUACCUCUNUUCGCGAGCCAACCUUUGCANAGAGGCUAUGGCGACGAUGCGCGGAAACGGCACUACGCAUGCUUGCAGACACUAGACGGCAUCAAGCUGGCUUAGAGAACGCCUUUGGUGCUUACCUAGAUCGAGUCACUCCCGAAAAGAUUCGAAGAUCGCUAACCUCGGCCCUGGGAAGAGACGACUACGGCGAACUGGAGUACCACAACUAUCCUAACUUCGAUUUCGGUUCUUCUCCGCGAAUGGUGCAAGGCAAAGUCACCACGGACCUCCUGGCUUCGGCGCAACACGAUUUUGACGACGAUCCAUACAUGACACCUCGUGAUGUUGAGAGUUACUUUGUCUUGAAUGGUCAGCUAAGGCAGUCUGUGGAUCCGAAGGGCAAUUUCGUGACUCGACCCUGUCACUUUGACUAUCAGGGCAACCGCUGGAUUCUGGAAGAGAAGAAGCUCAUUCAAAGUAAGCCUGUCGAUGCCAGGAUAUGA